AUGCAAGAGAACCUCUCCCUGCUGGAGGAAGUGAGACCGCCCUUCGUGGGCAUGCGGGCAGACCUGCAGGAGCCCACGCAAGCAAGCUCUGAGACUCUGGAGAAGCCGUGCGUGGAACCAGGAACUCAACUGUGGAGCCGACCACAUCUGCCAGGAUGACCUUGGCAUCUCCUUUGGCUUCCCAGGACCAUUUCUAGCCUCAGUCGCAGAACCAUUUCCUCCCCCUCCCCCAACACCCAGUUGGAGACCCUGGUGGUGGGGAGUAACCCGGAGCUGAAUGCAGAGGUGACUGUGUGGAAUGCCGGCGAGGACUCCUAUGGAACCACAGUCACCUUUGCCUACCCUCCUGGGCUGUCCUACCGCCGUGUGGCAGGGGGCCAGCUGCACCUGACAUGUGACAGCUCCCCAGCUGGGGGCCAGGGCACCAGCUGCAGCCUCAACCACUUCAUCUUCCGUGGAGGCUCCCAGAUCACCUUCCUGGCUACGUUUGACGUCUCCCACAAGGUUGUGCUGGGAGACCGGCUGCUGCUGACAGCCAGUGUGAGCAGUGAGAAUAACACCCCCACAACCAGCAUGACCAACUCCCAGCUGGAGGCCCCUGUAAAGUUCAAGUCCACCCAUGCCUCUCCUCUCUCCAGCCACGAGCAAUCCACCAGAAACCUCGACUUCUCGGACUCAGAGGAGGGGGAAAGCAGCGUGGCCAGGCACGGGUACCAGGUGAACAACUUGGGACAGAGGGACCUGCCUGUCAGCAUCAACUUCUGGGUGCCCGUGGAACUGCACCACAUGACCGUGUGGACAGAGGUGGAGGUCUCCCACCCGCAGAACCUGUCCAUCCAGUGCUCUUCGGAGAGAACAGUGCCCACAGAGUCUGACUUCCGGACUCACUUUCAGAAGAAUCCUGUGCUGGACUGCUCCAUUGCUGACUGCCUGAGGUUCCGCUGUGACAUCCCCUCCUUCGGCAUCCAGGAGGAACUUGACUUCAUCCUGAAGGGCAACCUCAGCUUCGGCUGGGUCAGCCAGACGUUGGAGAAGAAGGUGUUGGUCAUGAGUGUGGCCGAAAUCACGUUCAACAGGUCCGUGUAUUCCCAGCUUCCAGGACAGGAGGCGUUUGUGAGAGCCCAGACGAAGACGGUGCAGGAGGAGUGUGAGGUCCGCAACCCCGUCCCGCUCAAGGUCAGCUGUGUAGGGGGCCUGCUGCUUCUGGCUCUCGUCACAGCCGUGCUGUACAAGCUUGACUUCUUCGGGCGGCAGUACAAGGAAAUGAUGGAGGAAGCAGCAAAGAGACAGAUUGCCCUGGAAAACAGGACCUCGGAACCCCUACUUGCCCAGUGA